AUGGGAUCGCGAGGCACCGUCCCGAUGCUGGAGUGGAGCGCUCCGCAGCUCCUGGGCCUGGUCGCGGCGGGAGCUGCCCUCGGUGCCGCCGCCACGGCCCUCGUGUGGGGCCACCGCGGGAGCCCCGUGGCCACCCUCCAGCACCUCCUCGAGGAGAAGGAGAGGAAGAAGAAGAGGGCGACCUCGCCCGACGGGUCCCUGCCGCCGCCGGUCCGAUCUCCCCACGACGCCAGCAACGCGCUGCCCUCGUUUGUGGAGCACCUGGUGGCCCGCGACGAUCCCGCAGCUCCGCCCAUCUGGCGCCUCUACUACUGGCCCGGCACGGCCGGACGCGGGGAGUUCAUGCGCCUGCUGUGGGUCUUCACCGAUACGCCCUACGAGGACGUGUUCGCGAGCAAGCACCCCGAGGACCUUGAGGCCUACACCGUGCAGCUCAAGAAGCCCUUCUUUGCCUUCCCCGCCAUCUCGCACGGCGACUUCUUCCUCUCUCAGACGCCCGUCAUCGUGAGGUACCUGGCCAAGAAGCUGGCUGGCGGCGCGCUCUACCCCAAGGAGGCCAGGGAUAGGUACCAGGCCGACGUGCUGAUGGCUGGCGUGGUCGAUCUGGUGGCCGAGGGGCACCACGCCUGGCACGCCAUCGAUCCGAGCGCCGGGUAUGAGGCUCAGAAGGAGGCCACGGAGCCCUUCAUCGGGGCCUUCAAGGCCAAGAGGCUGCCCAAGUGGCUGGCCUACUUCGAGGCCGCCCUCCAGCGCAACAACGACGGACAGGGCACCUUCCUGGGCACCCGCACGCCCUACACCCACAACGGACCCACCUUCUGA